AUUAUAACAAGUCUUUUCAGUUUGAUAGAUAACAAAAUCAUAAUAAAAUCUAUUGAAAUCAGACCUGGCAAUCCGUGUCUACAUGUUGUGUAUUCGUGUCAGACACAAAUUUACAUAACACGAAUUUGGUAGAUACGAACACGACGCAAAUUAUAAAACGUGUUUGGGGUAUAAAUACGAACACGACACGUAAAAAAUUUGAGUGACACAUGACACAACACGAAUAGACACGUUUUUAAGCCGUGUUACACGAAAACACGAAAAAACACGAAUAGACACGUUUUUAAUAGCUUUUUUUAAGCUAGGGCUAUAAACUAUUUAUUGACUUUUACGAAAUUGGCCCUUAAUAUAUUAUAAAUACAAAAUUUAACCCUAAAAUAUAUAUGUGUAUAUAUGUGUUUGUACGUGUCAUGUGUCAACACGAAUUUGUAUCGUGUCUUAUACGUAUCUAAACAGAUAAAUUCGUGUUUGACACGUGUAAGACACAAAACAUGAAUUUAAAAUACCUGUGAGACACAAAUAAACACGAAACAUGAAUUUGUAAAACACAUACUCGGAAAACUCAUAUCGUGUUCGUAUCGUAUUAAUCUUGUUGUGUAUCAAAUUGUCAGGUCUAAUUGAAAUGGACUAAAUUUGCAAUUUUAGAACUAGAAACGACUUUAACUAUAAAAAUAGGCAAACCAAAGGACCAAAUUUCCAGUUUCCUCUGUAUAAUAUCUAAACGGUGAUAAUAUUAAAUUGUAAAGAAGAAGAAAUAGGCGAAGACUUAAUCCAGACAUCCAUCCGGCUACGAUACCAUGGCAGCCCUUCUCCUUCAUUCAUCUGAACGACUUUCUAAAACAUGGCUAAACCGAAUUUUUGCAGUCAUCUACGCCACCGUCGUUUCUUUUCUUCUCCUUCGCCACUGCCGUAAUUUAAUCUACUCUCCAACUCCAAUCUCCAUCACUCUGUUUCUAGCCGACUUUGUGUUAGCUUUUAUGUGGUUUACCUCCCAAUGCUUUCACUGGAAUCCAAUUCAUCGCCGUGUUUUCCCCGAAAACCUGCAACUGUAUGUGGAGGAGAGAGAGUAUCCGGCGUUAGAUGUGUUGAUUUGCACGGCUGAUCCCACCAAAGAGCCACCAGUUGGAGUGGUGAACACGGCCUUAUCUGUAUUGGCAUAUGACUACCCGACGGAUAAGCUUUCCGUUUAUAUAUCAGAUGAUGGAGGGUCUGAAGUGACACUGUAUGCGUUCAUGGAGGCUGCUAAGUUUGCUAAGCAUUGGAUUCCAUACUGCAAGAAGCAUAAUAUUGUUGAUCGGUCUCCUGAAGUGUAUUUUGAAAGUGAUCCUGUUUGGUUCCCUGAGAAAGAUGAAAUCAAGGCGAUGUAUGAAAGAAUGAAAUCAAGGGUGGAGAAGGUGGUGCAAAGUGGUGGCGUAUGUUUGGAUGAGGUGAAGGAAUCUGAAAUUCGUGAUGCUUUCAGUAAAUGGACGCCUAAUUUCUCGCGUCGACAUCAUCCCACAAUUAUUCAGAUUAUAUUAGACAACACUAUAGACAAAGAUGUCGGAGGUGGUGUAAUGCCAAAUCUUGUCUACGUUUCUCGAGAAAAAAACAACAAGAAGCCCCAUAAUUUUAAGGCUGGAGCACUCAACGUACUGCUUCGAGUGUCAGGCUUGAUGACGAAUGGACAGAUUGUCCUUGUUCUAGAUUGUGACAUGUUCUCAAAUGACCCUGAAACGCCACUUCGUACAUUAUGUUAUUUUAUGGAUCCAAAUGCUGAUUCAAAGCUUGGAUUUGUUCAAUUUCCGCAAAGAUUCAAAGGCAUCAACACGAAUGACAUUUAUGCUUCGGAGUUCAAGGCCGAGACACAAAUUUUAAGCCUUGGCAUGGAUGGCUUGUUAGGCGCUCAGUUUAUGGGUACUGGAGGCUUUUUCAAACGACAUGUUAUUAGCAAUGACUCAUGCUUUGGAUUCAUUAAAGAUACAAUCAUGCAAAAAAACAUCUCAAUUCCAAUAAGCACUAAAGAUGUUUUGGUUUUAGCGCACCAAUCAGCAAGCUGCGACUAUGAGGAUAAUACAAAAUGGGGAUCCGAGAUUGGAUUUCGAUAUGGCACCUUAACUGAGGACACCUACACAAGCUUUCGACUUCAUUGUGAAGGAUGGAAGUCGAUUCUUUGCAAUCCAAAAAGAGCCGCGUUUCUUGGAGGUUCGCCAACCAAUUUGAAUGAUGCCCUAACCCAAAUCAAACGAUGGUACAUGGGAUUCCUCGAAAUAUUCUUUAACAAAUAUUGCCCAAUAACGUAUGGAAUUCGAUCAAUGAAUCCUCUACAUGCUUUAUGUUACACACACUACACACUUCGUUCCUUUUGGUCGAUUCCAAUCAUUGUCUACGCAUUCUUGCCUCAAAUUUCGCUCCUCAACUCCUUCCCAAUCUUUGCAAAGGUUUCGGAAGGUGGGAUUUCCUUGCAUGCGUUUCUAUUUCUUGGAGCUUACGGAAAAGAUUUUGUAGAUUUUGUGGUCUUUGGAGGUGGAUCGAUGCAAAGGUGGUGGAACUGGCAAAGAAUGUGGUUGAUAUGGGGGCUAUCGAGUCACCCAUUUGCAAUGCUCGAGUGGUCACUAAAAUCCUUCGGUUUUUCAACAUCUGGGUUCAAUGUUACCAGCAAAGUGAUUGAGGAAGAACAAAAAAGACUAUACGAACAUGGAGUGUUUGAUUUUGGAGUUGAAUCAGUCUUGUUUUUUCCAUUUAGUGUCGCAUCAUUGAUCAACUUGUUUUCGUUUGUAAAAGGCUUUAUGGAGGUUUUCAUAAAUGGGAGGUUGGAAGAGUUUUUUGUCCAGAUGUUCAUAUCUGGAUUUGUGGUGGUAAAUAGCUGGCCGAUAUAUGAAGGCAUGGUUUUAAGGAGAGAUCGAGGAAGGAUGCCAUUGAAGUUGAGUUUAACAUCAAUGUCAACGGCAAUUGCGAUUUUCUUGGCAUCCUCUUUGAUUUUUUAACGUUCAAGAGUAUAAUUUGAAGAACCAAAGAUGAACCUGCAUGUGAAGGCCAAAUUGAUCACAUCCUGGCGACGAAUAUAGCAACACCUAUAGAUUGUGCACUUUCACUGCAUCUAAAACAAGUUUCUUCUAAUUGAUGAUAUUAUGAUAUUCUGUAUUAGAAUCACUGGAAUCAUUACAACACAAUAGGGUAUCGUGCACGAAUUUUAGCCUAAGACAAAAUCCGUUGUAAUUUGCGACGCAUCUCCCAUAGAAUGUAAUAGCAGAGUUUUAUUUAAGACAUUUCUAACAGAAUAACAGACGGAUUAGCAAUGUAUUUAUACAUUUGGUUAAUCCAUCAUAAAAUUUUAAAAGAUUACAUGCAGAUUACAUACACAAAU